GAAAUAUAUCAUCAUGUCAUUCAACUACGCUCAAAUCAAAAGAAAGGCACACGGGGGUCCCAACAGGACGCCUUUCGGCCGCAAAAGAAGGGCACACGCAGCUAACGAGAGCUCCGAUGGGACUUGGAACCCAUUUAGACACCCACAAGGGUACCAGCUACCUGCACGAGCUGGAACUUGGGAUAAUGACAGACAUGGAACUACUGCGCGACCAGCACUUCCUGCCCGCGCCGCCAGUGCUCCCAUAGUACGAAGGCAUAGCAGUGCCUCUAUCAAUCAACCGAAACCCACUCGACCUGUACCUAUACAAGAGGUAGCAGACCAUGUGGAUGAAGAAUCACUACGGAAUCGCAGAGAGUCACGCCAGGAUUCGCUGCACACGAAUGCGCAAAGGAGUAGACGCUUCUUCCAGCCCGUGGCUCCAUAUACCCCAUUUACGGUUCCCAAUCAAAUACGGCGGACCCUGUUUGCUAGCUGGGGGAACCUGUUACUUCUGCUGCUACCUGCUGCUAUUGCGCUGCAUUCGCUUCGGGGUGAUACCGUGGAAACCUUUGUGGUGAAUUUCCUCGCGACGUUUCCUCUACAAAACCUCGCAGAGAACAGCUUAUUCGAGAUACAACUGCGACUAGGGGACAGCUAUGCAAGCUUGCUCUAUAUUACUACAUUCAAUGUUGUGCAGCUCAUCUCCUCCAUUCUACUCUUAGUAAAAGGAGACAAGCUCACCAUGCAAACCACUCUCAUCGGAGGUAUCCUAGCCAACAUUCUUUUUAUUCUCGGCCUCAGCUUCUUGGCUGGUGGAUACAACCGCGAGGCGCAGUACUACAACACCACGACGACGCACGUCUCAGCUAACCUCUUGUCCCUGGCUGCUACGAGCUUGUUAAUCCCGACGGCAUCGAUUCUCCUCGGCCAAGCAACAGCUGAGAAUCUCACCAAACAAUCACGCGGGGCGUCAGUAAUCUUGAUCCUCGUCUAUGUCCUGUUCCUGGUCUACCAGCUGGGGACGCACCGCGAUAUGUUCUCCGAAGGAGGGCAAAAGGUUGAUGCAAAGCCCUGGUUCCCUACUACAGCAGCUGCGGAAGAGUCAAUUCCUCGUGGGGUUUUAACGCCUGCAGGAAUGAUAGGUGACAUGGCCUUGGCCAACAAUACGACAAACAAGGAAGCUAUCCGCAAGCCAUGGCUUAACCCUCCCAAGGCUCCCCCGUCGGAAGAUUUUAGUGACGUGGACAUUGAGCCUCUGCUUAGCUUCCCAGUGGCUAUUUUUGUCUUUCUGGCAAGCAAUGUCGCCCUAUACUUUCUGCUUGAUAAUGUCGUCAAUAGCAUUGACGCUUUGUCUACACAGGCCCGUCUGUCUCGUUCCUUCAUUGGCCUGAUUUUGCUGCCACUUACAAACUUGGAUUUCACUGCUAUCAAACUCUCCAUUAAAGAUGAGGUAGACAUGGUGAUUACCCUCACAAUUGGGAAAUGCAUCCAAACGGCGCUCUGUAUUACCCCAUUGCUAGUGUUACUUGGCUGGUGGCUGCAUAUCCCCUGUGUCAAUCUCGUCUUUGACGGAUUCGAGAUUGUCAGCUUGUUUGCAGCUAUUCUGCUGUUAAAUUUUGUCGUUUCACCAGGUAAAGAUACGUGGAUCCAAGGUGUUCUUUUAUUAGCGGAUUGGAGUCUGGUUGCUAUCGCCGCGUUCUUUGUGGAUCCGAAAGGUCCGACAUACUCGACUUGCUGAUGCUCAUUUCUCAUGAGAUCAGUAUCAUUGUUAGGCCCUUCGUUAAUUUUUCAGGCUGACGACUGGGGUGGCUUUUAUUAUGGUCUAUAGAAUAUAAAAUAACCGACUCUCUGGUACGAUGACUUCAGCAUCCUGUCUCGUCCUUGUCUGCUAGUUUCUUGUCUGCUAGUCAACUUCGUCAGGCUUUGCAGGUGGCGUCCCCCAUUCCUCGACCUUUUGGCGCCGACAAUAGCGUUUUACUAUUUAUUUUUUUCAAUAAAGACCAAUUAGCAUAAACUAGCCUAGAAGAGCCCAAUAGCUCCUGAUCUCUAGUGGGAAGAACUUUUCUUUUUACAUUGUAUUUAAC